GCGGCUUCCAAGACCCGGCCAAGGGGGUGGACAUGAGGGUGGUGAAGCGGAAGCAGUUCGAUAUGCCGGCCAUGUCGACCGCGGACGCCAUUGUCUGCCUCGAGUACAUCGGCCAUGAUUUCUACGUCUUCCGCAACGAGGACUCGGGGGAGAUCAAUGUCGUCUACAAGCGCAAGCUGGGCGGCGUUGGCGUGAUCGAGCCCCGCGCAUGAGGGGGGGACUCGAGGGCUUGGGAGAGGAGUGCGGCCGGGGAAAGAGGGGUUAUAAAGUGUGGGAGCGAUGCGAUGGAAAGCGAUGGAGAGGGGAGGAGCAAGGAUGGGAAUGCGGGGGAGGCAGAAAAAGGGGCGAGGGUGGAGGGCGAGGGCCGUGGCCGGGCUAGAGACGGGGGUCCUUUGACUCCUUUGGAGGGGCUUUGAACGCCACCUUCGGUGAACGCACGACUCUCCACAUGAAGUCAUGAAGACACUCCCUGUCGCCUCGCAACAGCUUUCCUGUGGGUGGGCGCAGGCGGGGCACGCCUGGUUGGAGGCCGAGGUCGAGGGGGUUGCGCAGGCUACAGAGGGCGAUAGAUAGAUAGGUAGGAAGGAAGGAAGUGGGGGGGAAGUGAGAUGGAGAUAGGGAGGAAGGGGAUAAGCAGGCGAAAGAAGGGGCGAUGCGGGGGGAGGGGAGGACGUAGCAGAUGGUGUAUCCGGGUGGGAGAGGCGGCUUGCUUUGAGGUUAGGAAGGGAGUCGAGCGCGGACAGGAGGGUGUAUAGCAGACAAAGUGGGCGGGAAAAGCAAACGCGAGCAUUCGUUUCUGAACCGGGCGGUCUGCGAGAGGAAUAUAGGAAUAAAUGAACAAGGGAAGAAAUAAUUAAGGAACAAAGGAAUAAAGGAAUACAGGAAUACAGGAAUGGAGGAAAUGAAAGGAAUAGCAGGAAUGUCGA